AUGAAGCUCCUGGCGACAUACCUUUUCCUGUUUUCGUGUAAAUUAUGUGCUUUGGUAAAUGUAGAAAAUUCCGGGGAAAGGGUCGAAGAAGUCACUCUCGACAUUUCAGCUCCGGACCCUUUGUACGUUGAGACGCUUAAAAGAGCCUUUUAUCUCAUAAAUGCACACUUUUACGUGGCCAAAGAUGCCACGAGGAUAUCCUCUAUUGUGGAUAAAGAGCAGAUAUUAUGGAAAGCCGCCAAUGGACUGAGCUGUGACCACGUGGUACUCAUCAGGUAUCCCGAGGGGAAUGGAUGCCAUCCGGGGCACCAGGGCGUUACUGGGCUCUUGUUGGUGUAUACUGGGAGCCAUGAGAACGUAAGGAUGCCCCUAUACUUUGCCAGGAAUGGUGGAGCAUGGACAGAGACGAAGGAGGAAGAGUUUUACGAUAAAUUCCACCAAAUGGUACUGCAAAAGACGGUCUUUGAGUCCAUUGAGAUUGACAUUGAAAAGAGGGAAACAUGCGACAAGUACUUUGUCACAAACACCUCCAACUUUCCAUUCCUCGUCUACGCUCCAAACGUCGGCUAUCGCAUAUCGAAAAUUUUCAACGGCAUAACAAUUUGGGAAGCAAAGGGUGAAGAUGAGAGAUGCUUGUACGUAUCUCUAUACCCAAGAGAUGAGCCUAAACUGGCGUAUCUCAUCGUCUCUAGUUGGCGUGGAGAGGAGAAUAUCUACCUCCACAAGAUAAACUAUGGAUGGGCUAGAAUAAAUGAAGAUGAAUACAUGGAUAAUCUAAAAGGGACCGGAUUUGAUGAGUCCAAGUUUGAUAAUAAACAAGUGCUGGAUCUCGAAAACGUUAAUAGUGAUGUUGUCCGACUUAAAAAGUUAAAGUUUGGCGAUACUCUUGUAUGUUUACACGUUCCACUUCUUGGAUUCCUAUUAGAAAAGGUGGUGGACGGACAAAAUGUGCUAUGGGAAACUUCAGGUAAUGAAUAUUGCAUCUAUGUUAACAAAGAAUAUAACAAUGACUCUCCACGUACGCUAUUUCUGAUCGUUUCUGACAAUGAGGGUAAUCGCAGACUUUUGUAUUUUAAAAGAAAUAAUGAGAAGUGGGAAGCUACAGACGAGGACGAAUAUUUUUCUUUACAUAAUGUGAAUAAGAACGUUUCAUAUACCCACCAGGGUAACGGUAAAAUUGUAAUGAGCAGUUUUAAGAAUAAACAAGGACUACGUAUUGCAACGUAUGCCUCUAGAGUAGAAAAUGCCAAGGGAGACUUCGUGUUGGCCCAUGGACUUUCAUCUCUUUUCAUGUUUACAUUCUGUAGAAAGUACUAUGAGUGGAAUUGCAAGACAUUUGGAACUCCCCUCUCUCCGUAUUUAGGAGAACCAUUCAUUGGACGUGGUCUGCAAAAGGGAAGUAAUGUGGAAAAGUACGGACAUCUAUUUGAGCAUGCAAAGCUGGAAGGUAUGGAUGCAUUUGAAGCCUUUCCAAAGUACAAAUAUAACAACUGUUUUGUGGAAUUUCUAAACGGACUCGGUUACAAUGUAUAUGGCUAUGAUCUUCAAUCGCAUGGUCUCUCUGAAUCCGUCUCUGAAUUUAGAUGCAGUAUGGACGAUUUUAAAGACUAUGUCUAUGAUGUGCUUCAGUUUGUUAGCAUUGUAAAGAGGGGUAAAUUUGAUGAUCCUAGCGAAACUUUUGAUGAGCGUAGCCUUUACGAGAACAUUCCUACAGAUAAAAAGAUCUUCCUGCUAGGAAACUCCAUGAGUGGCAACAUUGUUAUGCAAGCUGUUCAAGAGUUUUACAAGAAUGCUGAGAAGGGAACAAAGUUUGUGGAUGGUCUUGUAUCCUUUUCUACAAUGAUAGAUAUUUACCCUAUGUCAGAUAUAGAAGAGAGAAGAAAGUUUAGGGAGCGUAUAAGAAGGUGCGCACGAGAUGUGCCAACAGAUGACUACUCUGAUUACGUUAUUUCCAAUUUUGGACAAUCAUUUAGUGCAUUUGCCGGAUUUAAUGAUCCAUUAGGUUAUAACAAAAAACCGAGUUAUAAGGUAGUGGAAUUGCUAUUCAAUGCUUGUGAAGGUCUGGUAGAGGAUGACAAUAUGGCUAAUUAUCCUAGAGAUCUGCCCACACUAUUGCUUCACUCCAAAGGCGAUUUAGUAUGUGGAAUAGGUGGUUUGGUGGACAUGGUCGAUAAAUAUAAAGAUAAGACUUUUAAAUUAAUACAAUUAGAGGGGAAAUCACACGGUUUGACAAUUCCAAAAUCCCUCUCAACAAUUUCAGUUUACGUUAGCGAGUGGUUGGAUAACUACACAUGA